UACUCUGCCCAAAAAUAUAACCCUACACCUUCUUCAAAACUCUUUAACUUUGCCUCAAGCUCACUUUGUAUUUCAGCAGUAUACGCAUUUUGUUCAAUGCCAGGUGUGCGUGUGUAACAACACGGUCAUAUUAUAUGCAGAAUCGGCGUUUAUUUUGUGCUGCCUGGUCAAAAAAAUCUGUAAAUGUUUUUGUCAAUAUUCUUAUUCAAGUUUUACUUUUUUAUCAGUUACUGAGGGCAAAUGGUGCUUCUUCGGAUGGAUUUGGUAAAAUCAAGUAUCGCAUAAGCAACACGGCAUGGCUUGAUGAUAAAGAUAGCUCAUCGGUAAAGCGACUGUCGCAAAGAUUGGCAGAUGUAACUGGUUUAACUGGCAGCUCAGAACUAUUGCAGGUUGCAAAUUACGGGAUGGCAGGUCAUUACAUUGCACAUUUCGACGCCAUGACUAGAGAAGAGGAAGACUAUGUAAAGUCUUUGUCCAAUCGACAGACCGUACUUUCAAACAUAACUGAAGAUGAUUUAUUAGAUGAUAAAAGUAUUAUAGGGUCAGCGGACAAUAAAACAGUGGGGACCACCCAACAGCCCGAUGACCGAAACGAAAAUUAUGAAUAUGGGAAUACUGGUCAACGUAUCGCAACUGCAUUGGUAUAUCUAAGCGAGGUUCAAAAGGGUGGAAGCACAGCUUUCUUUUAUCCAAAUAUUGUAGCUGAGCCCAUUAAAGGAAGCGCGGUAUUUUGGUACAACUUGUAUCCUUCUGGUGCACUUGACAAACGCACUUUACAUGCUGCCUGCCCAGUUCUGAUUGGAAACAAAUGGGCUUGUAACAAGUGGUUUAGAGAAUUGGGACACGAAUUUGUACGAAAGUGUGGUCUUUUUCAAAAUGCAGAAAACAGAAUGUUUUGAACAAAUUCUAAUAAUAAAUGAUUUGUGGUGUGCCUAGUUUUCGCUGCUUAUUUUGCACAUGGGUAAUCCUGGAAAAAUAAGACAGUGUAAAGAAUAAAAUCGUGAUGGAUCUAAAUCA